UGUUAGAAAUGGAAGUCGUUCAUCACUCAAAUGACACGUCGAUUUAGAAUUAGACGUAAAGCGCAGGAGUAAUUUAUCAAGCCGUAACUUUUCCCUGGGAAAUAGGCUUUUGGGACAUAACGGUGAAAAAGGAAAACGCAAUGUCAUUAGAGCUUAUAGUUCUGUCGGUUUUUAGCUGUGCUUUACGUAUUUCCUUUCUAGGUUUAGUUUAAGUAUGAUCCGUGUUUUUCAUGCUCGUGUAUUUGUUUUCUUUUCUGUUACAGUGUAUAAUUUAAUCUAAUAGGUUGCCCUUCUGCUUUGCCUAAUAGUACUUAGCAUUGCAUUGCAUUGUAGCGGUAUUUGCGUUUGGGUCCACAAGAUGGCAGACUUGUGUUUUUCUCUUCUACUUCGCUUCCAUGUGUACGGAGAAACCGUUCUCUCGACGUCCUGCGUGUAGGUGAAACUUCGGAAGCUUUGUGUGAUAUUUUAGUUCUCGAGGAAUUUGGUGGAAUAUAUUUAAAUUUGAGUUUUCCUUGCUAACUAAAUUUAUUCGUAAAUCCUUUCACAUUGGGUUUAAUGGGGCGUAUCACGGUUUUGAUGUGCUAGUUAGUACGCCUCUAGACUACAAUAGUUAAGUAACUUCUUAUAAAUGGUAUUUUUUUUUAUAACCCUCAACUCUGAGCAAGAUAAGCGGCUGGAAGAUGAAUGGAUAGUUUGGAUAAAAUGCAGUGUCCCGUAGUGCUUUCAAAUAUGAUGGGAGACCCUUUCCUAUUAAGUUCCCUUCUCUGCGCGUCCUCGCAGGUUUCCUUGUCCCGUGGCCUCAAUUCCUGCGCGCUCCCGAGCAACAAAAAGGUCUCCUUUGCGGGUGUAUUAAACGGACGGGAUUUGACAGACGACAGGAGAUCUUCAGAUUUAAAAGGAGUCCGCCGGAUACCGUAUACAAGUUUGGGACACUUUAAAGGCGUGCAUUUGUUUUUUAUUUUUAUUUCGUAAAAUGCCUGCUUUCGCCACAAAUACCCUUUUUCAUUAAUUAACCAGUAUCUGCUUUAUGCGCAUGCAUUGUUUUAUUGUCUUUCGUCGUGGGCAGGACUUUGUUGAGCACAUCUGCAUCCAUUUCAUUAAAUCUUGAAUUAAAAGUACGUAGCGCACGGACGGGUGAACGAACUGGAAAGCAUGUCUACGCGACUGAAUUAUAUCGCACCGUGGUGGAUAUACUGGCUUCACAAUUUCCCACACCUUAACCUGAGUUUCCAGUCUGUUGACAGCAGCUUCAGACCGCAGGAUGAGGACUAUCAGCAGUCACUAAUCGUCCUGACCUGCAUGGCCGCCAUCGGCCUGGGAUUGAACCUGCUCCUCCUCGCCGCCUACCUCACCUGCGUGUGCUGCUGCCAGAAGGACGAGGAUGACGAGGAGAGUAAGAGGCCCGGCUCCCGUUGCGUCAGCUGGGUCUCCAUGCUGGCUGGGCUCGUCAUCUGUUGUGCUGUAGGCGUGGGUUUCUAUGGAAACAGUGAAGCCAACGAUGGGGUGUACCAGCUGACCCAUUCUCUCUACCAAGCCAAUCACACGCUGGAUGGCAUCGAUCGAUUGGUGACUGGCACGGUCAGCGGCUUGGAGGGCGGGCUGAAGCAGCACCUGGGCCGGCUGGACGAGAUCUUCGCCGUGCGCGAGGACUACGUACGGACGCUGCACGCCAUGCAGCGGACAGCCGACAGCGUCGUCGUGCAGCUGAGGGGACUCCCGGACCUGGGCCGGGCCAAGCUGAACCUGUCCACGAUCGCCGAGCACACCUUGUACUGGGAGCAUCGCAGGUGGCUCGCUUACUUGUUGGUGCUCGUUUUCUACCUGGUCAUCUCCCUGGCAGUCUUCCUGGGCCUGGCCAAGCAGUCCCGCUGGCUGCUCACCAUACUGACGGUGUUCGGACUGCUGACGCUGGUGGUGAGCUGGGCCUCGCUCGGAGCGGAUACGGCCGUCGCCGUGGGAACAAGUGACUUCUGUGUUUCGCCUGACAAGUUCAUAGUCAACCAGACCGAGGACAUUGUCCCAGCGGCUAUUACUCACUACUACCUGUACUGCAGUCCAAGUCUCCUAAACCCCUUUCAAAAGUUGCUGACCAUCUUCCAGAGGUCCCUAACCACCAUGCAGACCCAAACCCAGAGCUUGCUGCUGAGUACUGCUCUACACUUCCCUACCGCACAGAGGGACCUGUUUGGGAUCCAGCAAAUCCUGAACACUUCUGAGUCUAGCCUGCACCAGCUGACCGCCUUGCUGGACUGCCGCAGCCUGCAUAAAGAUUACCUGGAAGCAGUGGUAGGCUUGUGCUACGAUGGCGUGGAGGGUCUGCUCUACCUCUGCCUGUUCUCCCUGAUGUCCGCCGGCGCCUUCUGCGUCUUGUUGUGCGCCAUCCCGCGGCUCCUCAAGCACAUCGCCAGCAGGGAGCGCGAGUACGACGACAUCGAUGAGGAGGACCCGUUCAACCCGCGGGCUCGCCGUACGGUGGCUCGUGGCCGCAGCUCCAGUCAGUCCCACGUUCACAGUUUCUGCAGCUACAGCAGCCGGGAGAGCCAAAGCAGUCUGCACCUGCCCCCGCCCCUGCCGACCACCACCAAUGCGCCCAUCGCCGAAUACAUGAACCAGUCGAUGUUGUUUGGGGGAAACCCUCGCUACGAGAACGUGCCUCUUAUCGGGAGUGGCAGGAGCUCGCCGCCGCCUUCAUACUCUCCCAGCUUGAGGUCCACCUAUCUGUCCAUGACCGACAGCCAGAUCCGGCACUUUGGGACGGACCUCCCAGUAUAGAUCCCCGCCCAUCCAUCCUCUACCCCCUCCCCCCCCACCGCCGAGGGCGUGUGUAGCUACAGUUCACCUUAUGCUGUCGCUCCUGGCCGGCCCUGUCUUAGGGACAGAAGUGUUGCACGUGCUUUCAAAGACAAACAAAAAAGCACACUCUGGUGUGUGUGGUCUGCUGCCUCUCCCCAUAAUCCUGCCAGACAACAAUAGCCCUGUAAAACAUCUCUAUGUAAUUCCCUGUUAAGCCCCCUAGCGAUGGAAUGCAGAUUCAUUAAAUAGGAGAGCAGUCACCCCAGGGGGGGAUGCACUUCUUGCUAUGCAGUAAGAGCCCCCCCUCUGGACUUCUGUCACUUUUCUGUAUCAAGGCAGCAGAGCCUAAAGAGAGAAGAGAUGGAAACACGGAACCAACAUUCUACUCAUCGGUCCCUAUCGAGCCAAAACAUUUCCAAAGCGAUUCCACAGCCCUGAGCUGUUUAUCAAGCCUUAUCUACUUGCAAAUGAUUCUCAUUUUCAGUCUGUCUGUGCUUUUUUUUUCUCUCAUUUUGACAUGGACGUGUUGUUUUGUCACUCCAGUAUCACAGGAGAGGAGUUUUUCAUUUUAUGACAGUGAUUUUAAGUUGUGCACGGAGCCAGUGCGGGGGUGCAUUUCCAUACCUCAGAUGUGUCUUUGUUUAGAUGAGAGCUCAAAGAUCGUUAAACUCAUUUGUCUCCAUAUGUCUGCUGUUCUGUGUUUUUUUUUUUUAAUUCAAUGAUUUUCAAAUAUGAAGGAUAGCGACCCCUAAGAGCAAAAGUUUCAUCAGGGAGGGGUAAUAGCAUGGUGCAGCAGGACAAACUCUGAAUGUGACCUCCCCCCAGAAUUCCUUGGAGUUACAUUAGUAUGCAUUAAAAUUCUCCAGACAAAGUCCAGUUUGUACCAGGUCAGAUUAGUGGCUGAUUACUGCACUCUUUCUUGUCCUAAAGAGAAUUACUCUAGCUACUUAAAUUCAAACAAUAUAUUUUUUAUAAUGUUUUAAUUCACGUUUGGGAAACAGGUUUUAGUGGCCCUUUGCUAUGAUGUCCAGCCAACGGGAUCUCUACUUUGUCUUUUUCUAGUGGAUUUGUCUUUGAAUCAAUUGCAAUUAUAUUCAGAUCAUUCUUCCGUUAAUCUCACUGGGGAAAUUGGAGUACAUUUUGGUGUGUCUGCUUGAUUUAAUUUGAAAAUUAAAAAAUACCAGAAAAUCGAAAGCUAUUUAAUUCGUGCAAAAAAUGCAUUCUGGUGUCUUUUCUUUUGCCUGCUCAUUAAAAACGACGGAGUUGUUUUACGGCAAAAAUUAAACCAUGCUGUUGGCGUCAACGUCUUUGGUGGCUUGGCGGCUCUAAUGAACAAAA